AUGAAAGAAGAGGUCGUUAUCUUACCUAACAAAAACCAUCAUCUACAAACAACGAGAUCAUGGGACUUCUUACACUUCCCACAGAGGAUUCGAAGAGAGCACACGGUUGAGAGCGAUAUAAUUGUUGGAAUAAUCGAUUCUGAAAUUUGGCCAGAGUCAGAUUGUUUUAUUGAUACUGGAUAUGGACCUCCACCAAUUAAAUGGCAAGGGUCCUGUGAUGGAUUAACUAAUUUCCAUUGCAAUAUGAAACUUAUUGGAGCAAAAUACUACAAAAACGAUGGAGACUUCUCCCCAACCGAUAUCCAGUCUCCAAGAGACUCCAGUGGUCAUGGAACUCAUGUGGCUUCAAUAAUCGCCUGUAACCUUGUUAAUUCGGAAGGCCUUUCUGGUCUCGGGAGAGGUAUAGCUCGAGGAGGAGUCCCGUCUUCGAGGAUCGCCGUUUACAAAGUAUGUUGGUCAACCGGUUGCGCAGAUGAGGACAUUAUAGUAGCAUUUUUUGAUGCCAUUAAUGAUGGGGUUGAUCUAUUAUCAAUUUCUAUGGGAAAUUAUGGUUCAAGCUACUGUGAAGAUCCCAUAGCUUUUAUGAGUUUUCAAGCCAUGAAUAAAGGAAUUUUGACGACAAUGCCUGCUGGAAACGAGGGUCCGGGACUUAUAUCUAUCAAAAAUGUUGCUCCUUGGGCGCUUACAGUAGCAGCAAGUGCCAGCGAUCGUAAUUACGUUACCAAUUUGAAGUUGGGCAAUGAGAAAACUUUGAUGGGUAAGAUUGUCAUUUGUGAUGAAUAUAAUUUUGGAAGAGCAACUAUUUCUGCUGGAGCAAUUGGUAUGGUGAUACAAGCUAAUGUAACCAAAGAUAACUGUGACGUGUUUGCCCUCCCAACAACUUAUCUUGACAUGCGGAGUACUGGUUACAACAUCAUGAGUUAUGUUAGCUCAUCAAGUAAUCCAAUUGGAAGCAUAUUGAAGAGUACUCAAGUUUUUGAUUUUGAUGCUUCAGCACCAUAUAUUGCAUCAUUCUCAUCUAGGGGACCCAAUCCUAUAACACCUCAUAUUCUCAAGCCGGAUUUGUGUGCACCCGGUGUUAAAAUCUUGGGAGCAUGGACACUUGCAAAUUCUCUUACGAGAUUACAAGAAGAUUUGAGAAGGCUACCAUAUAACAUCGUAUUAGGCACCUCAUCAGCCUGCCCACAUGUUACUGAUGCAGCCGCAUAUGUCAAAUCAUUUCAUCCAUCAUGGUCUCCGGCAGCUAUAAAAUCUGCUCUUAUGACUACCGAGAAGAGAAAGAAAUUGGUCUUGUCGAUUCUCCACUCUGGGGCAGCUGGGAAAUCCGCGAUUGUUAAAUCAGCCAAGUCAGUAGCUUUUCCAUCUGAGAUGGGCGUGAUCGUCGGAAGAAGACGGUGCUGCUACAGCAACAAUGAUUUGAAAUUUCUUUCGGGAAUGCAUGGUGUUUGCAACCUUUAUGGGACAGAAAAUGCAUGGAAUUUGAACAUCCCUUCAUUUUCAAUCCCUGUCAUGCCUUCUACUCAUUUUAAUGUCACCUACACUAGGACAGUUACAAAUGUGGGACCUUCAUCAUCCAUUUACCAAGCCCAAAUUAUUGCUCCACCAGGAUUAAACAUACAAGUUGUGCCAAACGUACUUCAUUUUUCUAGUGUCGGACAAACUCAAACAUUUGGGGUGGUUUUCGUAGGAAGGAUUAGUGUAAGGAAUAUUGUUUCUGCUUCUUUGUCAUGGAGCUUUGGUAACAUUGGUGAAGAAGGUAUCAUUGUUAUUCGAUAUGGAAAGUGGUGGUCGUGUAGCUGGACUUGGUUUGGAGUUGUUAAACCAUUCAAACUAUCGUAUAUGGAAAAUCUCAUCGAAGAAGCGGAAGAGACUCAAUGCGAAGGCAUAAUUUGUGUUGAAGAGGUCAAUCUCUCACAAUCUGUUCGUGCACAUCAUCGGUUGUGGAUCUACUCGCGAGAUCUGGAAAUGCUUGGUCGUCUUUUCAACAAGAAGAACGAUGCUUGUUUCCAAAUGCUUGAAAAUGAGUUGGCAGCCGCAAUGCAAAUUGGAUUUGUCUCGGAGUUCUUUCUUAAGUUAAAAAACAUAUGCUUAGAAAUUUCCUUAUUGAACCCAGAUGAAAAAAUCUUAGAAGCUCGAACAAAGAGGCAUAUUGUUAAAGGAUUUCGACCCGAUAUACACCAUUCAUCACAUCGAUUCAAGUGUGGCAAGACUGGACACUUCAAGAGAGAUUGUAGAGUAACUUUGAAUGGAAAUUUUGCUAGUUCAAAUCUCGGAGAAAAGUCUAACCAACGUGUUGAGGAGGACUGGGACAAGGCUUUUCAUAUCGAUGUGAUGAUUUCGAAGGAAAAGAAAACAUAG